CAUUGCUUAUUAGUUGGUUAUUGGUGUUAGCGGGGACUGGAGUUUUGACAGAUCAAAUUGCGAAAAGUGCUUUAACUUAUUUAAUUGUUUUUUUUUUCGCCUUUUUUGUGAGCUAUAAUUGAGCUGAAAUGUUAAUAAAUUGGAGCAAAUAUGUGCUUGUUACAUUCCUAAUAGUUCUUACCAUCUUGUCUCAAUGUGAAGCCUCAGUAGUGCGCCUAUUAACGGAGACGCUGCAGAACAAUGUGGCUGGUGAACCUAUAACGCAUGUGCGCACAGAAUGGGACUUUGACCCGGAAGUAAGCCAGAAACGACGCGCGCUCUUCUAUGAGACCCAUGGCUAUCGGGCGGCCAAAUUUAUUGAACGAAUCGGCUUGGGAAUCGAUGGACACGAAGAGGAGCGACGUGCGGAGCAGCGGGCGCGUGAUGUCGGACGUCUUAAUGGCGAACAUAAUAUCAACUUUCCACCAGAACCGCUGGCGCAGUACGCAUAAUGGAGGAUGAGUCGGAAAUUAUAUCUCUAAUAUAGAAAUUUAGUAUUAAAUAGCAGUUCGUUAAUCAUUAAGAUAAAUAAAAAGCGAAGAAGUCAGUAAAUCCAAGCUGCGAGUAGCUGAGCUCU